AAGCAAACCGUCCUGCUGUUGAACGAGCCUUCGAACUUGCAAGAUCACCAACAGCUCCGAAGCACCUCAAUUACUGUCUGCUGUUCCACGAUGCAUCUCAAGGCAGUUGUCUCAGUUGGGCUCAGUAUGCUGCUGGCCCAGGCGAUGGCCUUGCCUCAGCCUCAUCUUCAGAAUGGUAUCCUCUUGAGCACUCGUGACGACACAGUCGCUGCACAACCCGCGCAAGAUCAAGCCCAAAAUCAACAAGCUGAAGCAAACGUUCAAGCUGCUCAGGCACAGCAGGCGGAUUCGAACAAGCAAGUCGAUCAAACUGAGGCCACCGCACAGAACGCCCAAGCUGAUGCAGCAAAGGCUGCCGCCCCUGCUGCAGAUGCAGCCCAGAAUCAGCCGCAACAGAAUGACGCAGCGCAGCCAGGUAUCAGUAAUCUCUUCGGCUCAUUCUUGGGCGGAAACGGAGCCAAAGGUGGCGGAAGUGGAAUCUCCAUCCCUUUCCUUGGAUCAUCAUCGGGCAUGGGGUCCGGCGGGAAACCAGCAUCAUCACCAUCACAGUCAUUCUUCGGCGGUCUUUCGGGCUUGGUAGAUGCAGCAAGUAAGAUCAAACCUCCUGAUAAUAAACCAGACGACUCCUGGAAAAAAGCUAUUGAGGACUGGGAGAAAGCGUUGCAAGGCAAGAAAGACGACGAUAAAGAUGCCUGGACGAAAUGGUACGAAGACUAUCAGAAGCAGUGGAAGGACUAUUACGACAAGCUGUAUGGCAAGAAAGACGACGACGACAAGAACCCCUACGAAGAUUAUGAGAAAGCCUUCAAGGCCUGGAAGAAAGCGUACGAGGGCGGCGGCGACGACGAUGAAGGCGGCAGCAUUGAUGGCAACACUUUGAAGUUCAAGAUUAAAGAUCUCGAGUUUUCGUGCUAUUGGUAUGUGCCGUAUCCGGGCAAUGCUCAGCUGAACUGCAACUACUACUACAACUACACGUAGUGCGAAGGAAUCUGCAGAUGGCCUCUAGCACAGGGUGGGUUCUUGGCAUGAAGAUGAAGGGAUUUUCAUUUUUGCAUUGCAUCGUCAUGUCGAACGAAACAAUGGGCACUGUCGUUUGCAUCGGGUUAGACACAGCACAUUCGUUUGCAGUGGGAUGUACGCAGCACAGUCGUUAGAGUAUAUAUGAUGAUGAACAUAAUGAUUGACGAG